AUGCCUCCUGCUUCUGCCCUUGCUCCCCGGUGCCCCACUCCUUGUUUGGGUUCCCCGGAAGUCUACCUCAAAUUUAGCCUCUUUUGCCGAGCUUAUAGACAUAAACUCCCCCCGCCCUCGGUGGGCCGCCUCUGGUCACCUGGCUUCGCGCUGUUCCCAUCGCCUCUUGACCUGCGCGCCCUCCCCCCUUCCCUUGCUCGGCUCAGCGCGCCCGGCCCUGGCGGCGCCGGUUCCCCUUGGCGCUCCUCCUACCCCCGCCGGUGGUUGGCCUCUGGUCUGCUUGGUCCUUUUCCCCCCUUUUUUUUUCUCGCACCCUGUGUUCUGGUGCCGGGCUUCCCGCCUCCUUUGUUCCGUCUCCGUCCGCUCUGUGCCCCGGGCAUCUCCGUGGCCUUUUCCCAUCCUCGCUGGCCAUCUUCCGCCUCCCUGGACCCCGCCGUUUUCCCCUGGCCCCCGGGUCCCCCCUGUGUUCCCCUGCUCGGUUGCCAUUCCUUUCUCGUCCUCCUUAUUGUUUUUUUGUUUGCCCCCUGUUUCUGCUGCCCCUUACCUUGGCUUUGUUGGCCCUCGGAGCCUUUGUCUCUCGUCUGCUCCCCUGCUUCGGCGUCUUCCCCCCACCGCCUUUGGUCCGACGGUCUCACCCCCCUCGCCUUUCCUCCCGCCCCCUCUUUGUGCUGCCUGCCCUUCGGGCCCCCGUCUCCGUCCUCUUUUCCGUACCCUCCUGCUACCUUCCCAACCAACGACACCCCCCCCUUUUUCGUCCCCCCCCCCCACCCAAACCCCCCUUGCCCAUUCUUACCCCUGGCCGCUUUUUGGCACUCGUCGGCCCUGUCCGUCUCGGCGGCCCAGUUCUCACGGCUUUGUUCUUGUGGAUGGGCUUAUCUCUCGGUUCCCUUGGGUUCGCUUCCUUUUCCUACCCCCGUGCCUCCUUUGCGGCCUUCCGCCUUUUUCCCCUUGCUUCCCGCCCCACUCGGCCUGCUGCCUCCUGUCUCUACCCCUGCCUCCUGGCGGCGCCACUUUGCCCCUGGCUCGCUUUGCGCCUUUCUGUCCCGCCCCCGGGACAGCUCCCCCCUUUUACUGCUCACUCGGCCCACCUCCCCCCUAGGCCCCGUUGCCUAG